CUUUUAUUUCCUUUUCUUAAAGGGGUAAAUAAAUCUUCUAUACCGAAAUUCUGUAUACCUUUGUAUCCGUUCAUUUUCGGCCAUUCGAUCACUUGAUAAUUUUAGCAUAUAACAAGAGGUGAUUCAUCAUUCAAGGACUUUCGAACUGAUUUGGUCUUUCGAUUGAAGGGAAAAAAAAAAAAAUCAUUCAAGGGCUUUCAGUGUAGUUUAUCCUUCACGCCAGAAGAAAGUUUUCUUCCGUUUUGAGUGAGGAAGAAUAAUCUGCUGGGAUCGACCACUAGAAAUGGCUGCUGAAACCUCCUCCUCCUCGUCGGCGGUGACGGAGGAAGAGCUGACGCUGACGGUGAAGUGGAGCGGGAAGGAGUACACCGUUAGGGUUUGCGGCGACGACACGGUCGGAGAGCUGAAGCGACGGAUAUGCGAAGUCACGAACGUGCUGCCCAAACGGCAGAAGCUUCUGUACCCUAAAGUCGGAUCGAAGCUCGCCGACGAAUCCCUCCUCCUCUCUCAGCUCCCCCUCAAAUCCUCACUCAAAAUGACCAUGAUUGGCACUGUUGAAGACGAUAUACUUGUGGACGAAGUAGACUCUCCAGAUGUUGUCGAUGAUUUUGAGUUGGGACAAGAUGAAGUUGUUGAAAUCAAAGACAAUGAUGUCAAUAGGCAGAAAUUGAGAAGGCGAAGUGCUCAUUACAAGAUUCAACUCCGGAAUCCAUGCCGUAAAGGGAAAAAGUUGCUGGUUUUGGAUAUUGAUUAUACCUUGUUUGAUCAUCGUUCCACAGCGGAGAACCCGCUAGAACUCAUGCGGCCUUAUUUGCAUGAGUUUCUUACGGCUGUUUAUGCUGAGUAUGAUAUCAUUAUCUGGUCUGCUACCGGCAUGAAGUGGGUUGAAUUAAAAAUGGGACAGCUUGGGGUCCUCGACAAUCCAAACUACAAAAUUACAGCUCUUCUGGAUCAUUCCGCAAUGAUCACAGUUCAUUCAGAUGCUCGUGGAACCUUCGAUUGCAAGCCACUGGGCAUUAUUUGGGCUCAAUAUCCGGAGUACUACAGCUCCAAGAAUACUAUCAUGUUUGAUGAUCUCAGAAGAAAUUUCGUGAUGAAUCCCCAGAAUGGGUUAACCAUAAAGCCAUUCAAGAAGGCCCAUGCAAAUCGGGACAGUGAUCAGGAGCUUAUGAAACUCACUCAAUACUUGCUUGUGAUUGCAGAUCUUGAUGACCUCAGCACCAUUGAUCAUAAGGAAUGGGAGUCAUACAAUGAGGACUAUUUCAAGCGACGCAGACGCACAUGAGUAACUGUGCUCGGUCUUGAAAAUUCAAUAGCCGUGCUCGUGUACCUCUUUUACCUUGCAUUGACAAAACUUGUAGUACUAAAAGAAACCUUCCAAAAUUGGUAAGAACGUGAAUUGCUGGAAAUGGUCACGCAUGGUUGUCAAGGUGAUUUUCCCCCCCUAUAAUCCAAGCAAAUUGUGAUUAAUGGGUUGUGCAA